UCGCGAGAUAAUGCACUCAGAACACAAUCCACAGGAACGGUUGACGCGCGCACGCACAAGCAUUUCAAAUAGCCGUCAAAAGAAUCCGAGCAAAAAGGCGCGAGCAAAAAGUUUUAAAAACAAAAUUCUAAACUGCCAGUAUUAAUAAAACCAAAAACUUUUUAGUGAAAAAGUAGGUUGUAAACGAAAAAGUGUGGACGAAGUUUAAAACUAAUUCGAAACUUAAAUUGAAAUUGUGGUGCAGCGAUAGUUGCAAAACUCUAAGGACUAGGCGUCCAGAUUCGAAAGGUGAUAAUGAUAGUUUAUAUCCAGUGGUGGCGAUAAUUGGACCCUUGGAAUCUAUUGGACUGGAGGCGGCUGCAUGACUCCUGGUACUCACGAUGCUGCGGUUCGAGGAGAUAGCCUUCAAGGCGGAGUUGAACCGGGACGAGGACCCGGAGAGCGACCGGGAUGCGUGGCUGCUGUGCGCCGAGGAUCCCAUGAACCGGAAGAGGGCUAUCGAGGAGCUCAGGAAAAUGAUUUAUGAGCGUGGUGAAUGCCACCCUCACCGCACUGAUGACGCAUACCUCCUAAAGUUCCUGAGAGCCCGGCGCUCCGUCCCGGCCAGAGCACAUCGCCUGAUGGUCCGCUACUACAACUUCCGUGACGAGAACCCCCACUUGUGGCGGGACGUGGACUGGCUCGGCCUGCGCCGGCUCGGGGACAUCUUUGAAGGAGUCCUCUUCGACCGACCGGAUUGCGGACGCUUCAUUCUAUGUCGCCUUGGUCAAUGGGACCCCGACACCAUACCAGUAGACGACCUGAUCAGAGGUCUACUUCUGCUGCUGGAGAUAGGCAUCAUGCAGCCGAAGCUACAGAUCCUGGGCGGCACCGCCAUGGUGGACUGUCAGGGGCUGACAAUGAAGCACAUUCGGCAGCUGACGCCAGCGAUUGCGGUGCAGGCUAUGAAUAUUAUGGGGAUAAUCUUCCCUACGCACAUCCGCAGCAUGCACAUCGUGAACUGUUCUCGAAUCUUCGAGACGUUCUUCUACUUGUUCAAGAAGCUGGCGCCGGUCGACGACCUCUGGAAGAACGUCUACUUCCACGGCUAUGAUCUCAACUCUUUGCAUAGGUACGUAGACCCAGAAUGCCUGCCGCGCCGGUACGGCGGCUGCCGAGACCCCGUGUCUCUGGAGCUGUGGCUGACCAAGAUCAGACAGUACAAGAACAAGGAGUUCGACGAGGAAAUGAGGAACCUGGGCUACGCGGUCGACUGAUGACCAGGCGCGCAUGGGACGGAGGACGUUGAAAAGCGGGAAGAAUCCAGAAUGUGUCUCAGAAAAUUUCCUAUUUACCGCAAUUUUAUGGAAAAUAUAUGGCAUAAUAUUUAUGUAGGUAGUAAAAAAGGCAAAAUCUGGUAUAGGAAGGACGACUGAUGACCAUGGGAGGAAAAAAGCUGAAAGCGAGAUAUUACUAAGUUCACUAUUAGUUUACCUUCUGAUUAGAGGAGUAGUUAAAUAGUUACGUUCCUUGGUUUCCAAUUUUCCAUUUUCCUUUCCUUUAUUUGAGCUAUAAUUUAUUAGCAUUAUGCAAUGAACUAUUUCGUUAACAUUAU